AUGAGCGCCCAAGCUGGUGCUGCGCAACCGCAACAGAAUGGUGUUCCUGGACCUUCGGUGCAGACGGAGGAGGAAACCGGAGCGGAGCGGCCGGGUCCAUCUUUGUCAGGUGGAUCCGACCCUUCGCAGAUGAGACAAAAGGCAGCGGCGGAAAGUGAAAAAGGAGAUGGAGACGCGAGAGGCGCGCCUGGUCCGUCUUCCACAAGUGCCGCGGCUGCUCAGUGUGCAGGUGAUGUGCAAGAAGCGGAAGGUGCACCGUCUGGUGUGGCUGGAGACCAGGGAAUGCAGACCCGUGCAGACAUGUCCGACCAAGUGGGACCGAGCAGGGUGAUGUCAGCUGGGACCCAGAACAUGCAGACGGGCGUGGACCUCCGGAGUACUGCAGCUACAGAUAUUGGAGCAGGAGCGUAUCAUACUCCGAGAUCUUCGAGAUCUGUGUUUAGCAGUGUGCAUGGAAUGAGGCCUAACCAGCCUGGGAUGUGGCCGGGUUGGGUUACGCGCUUGGGAGAAAUGUUCAAAGCACCGCCGGUGCAGUGGUUGCCGAGUCCUCUACCUUCUCCCCCACGACCGAGGGCAGCCACGGAGAUGUCAGCGACGUCGCAAGCCAAUGCUGUUAGUGCCUCCUCUUUGAUGGGACCUUGGCAAAAUGCGCUAGCAACCAGGGAGUACCUGUGCAAGAUGUUCAAAGUGGGGCACCUCGUGACGAUGUUCCUCAGGGUUAUCCAGAUGUGCUACCUGGGAAUGAUGCAGUCGAGCGCUCCAAGCGAUGCCUUCAAUGCGGAGGUGAAGAUCACAGACAAAAGGAGGGCAAGAUCGCAGGAGGAGUGGGACCAGUCAAGUCCAGUCAUAGUGAACCUUGCAGGUGGUGAAUCAGUGAGCUUGCGAAUGAACUCAGCAAGUACAAUACUGGUUCCCAUGGCCUCGGAUGCGUCUACGGGCACUUCAACUCCUAUCGUCCCGUUGGGGGCGUUGGUAGGGCAACUUGGGUAUACUAUGACGUGGAGCAGCAACCGGUGCAGGCUGGAAGGGCGAGCCGGAGAUGUGUACAAUUUGCGUGUUCGUGAAGGUUGCCCAGAGAUAGCAGAGCAUGAUGCGUUGCGCCUUAUAGCCCGACUAGAAGAUGAAAACUUGGCUUUGCUCAAGGCAAAUACUGGGGAAACAAGGAAGAGAGUCAAAGCAGCUGCUCUCUCCAUGCAGCGGACCUGGUUCGACUACUUGUUGUCGUAUGUGGACGGUGAGAUGAGUUCGGAGGCGUUGAAAGCAAUAGAGUCAGCACCGUUCUUGCGAGAGGUCCCGGCUCCCUGCAAGGCUGGAUUGGUGGAGACAAUGCCAGAAGACAAUGGGUGGAGGGCGCUUAGGGGACUAGAGCACCUAAACCGGAGAUCCAGGAAGAGGUUGUGGAGUUCGGACAAGUGGGUUGUGCAUUUGUUCUGCGGAAAGAAGGAGAAAAAGGACCUGCACCACUUGGAGGCCCACGGUUACACGAUCCUGGAGCUCGACAUCGAAAGAGGCCGCACCCACGACCUUCUUAGAAGCACUACGUGGAGGGCCUUGGAGUUCGCCGCUCGGAAGGGAAAGUUGGCAGCUAUCAUAGGUGGUCCUCCCCAAAGCUCGUUCAUGAUUUCGAGACAUGUGGUUGGUGGUCCAGAACCUGUUCGCUCCAAUGAGUUCCUGUUUGGAAACUGGGAGGGACAAUCUGAUGCAGACGUGUGGCUCGUCAACAGGGAGACACAACUGCUGACACGGAUGAUCUACCUGCAUGCUCUUGCUUCAGCGGGGAGGAUUCGAGCUGUUCCAGCGCCGGAUGCCAAGCGAGAAGUGGCCUUGUUGCUAGAGCACCCUCGUGAUCCACGUGGCUACUUGAAGUUCCAGGACCCCCUGUACGGUGAUGUUGUGAGCUUUUGGCGAACUUCGUUGUGGUUGGAGUAUGCGUUGGAGGCGGGACUCAACACGUAUAGCUUCGAUAUGGCAGCGUAUGGCAAGGCGUUCUCCAGACAUACGACUAUAGGGACGAACUUGGCUAUGAAGCACAUAAAUGGGCUGCGGGCGAGAUGGCAUACAGAUGGACCUGCAACAGAGCGCUCCCCACCUAGUGUUUGGACCACAGAAUUCUAUGAGCAGGUCGUCAUUGCACUACGUCACUGGGGUACAGUACCCAGAAUGGUCAAGAUGAGCGCAGAUCAGUGGAGAGAACACGUGCGCCGAGGCCAUCUGCCCUAUAGGGCAGACUGCACGGUUUGUGUGCAGGCGGGGGCCACUGGGCGACGGCAUGCGCGCAUUGAGCACCCCAAUGCUUAUGUGCUCUCGGCAGACCUCGCCGGUCCAGUAAAGGUGGGCGGCCUUGACCCAGAUGCUCGAGGAGCGUUUCCGAGGUUGUUCAAGUACAUCUUUGUGGCGAAGCUACGCGUGCCAAAGACCUAUGUCGAGGACGGGCGUGGAGCAUGGGUAGAAUACGAUGGAGGAGAGCUACCUGAAGAUCAGUAUGAGCAUGCGGACGACGGCUUGGAGGUAGAGAAAAAGGCAGCUAAGGAAGAUGUUCGUGCUGUAGUACCACCAGAAGAAGAUGACCCAGAUCCUGAUCAGGAGCCGAAGAAGAAGAGCGACUUCGAGGAGGACCUUGAUUUAGCGGCACCCGAGAUGGUGAACCUCAUGUUUUCAGUGGGACUGAAGGACGACAAAGCGCCAACAGUGCUUGAAGCUAUUCAGGAUGUGGUGUUGUACUGCCAGUCGCUCAAUAUCCCGGUGUUACGCUUCCACUCGGACCGUGGCAUGGAGUUUCAAGCAAGGGCCUCCAAGCAAUGGCUAAAAAACCAAGGGAUCAGAGUGACGGCAUCGGAGGCGGGCGCGCACCAAACGAAUGGUUCUGCAGAGGCGACUGUGCGAUGGGUGAAGCAGAGAGCCCGCACUCUUCUGCUGGCUGCGAAGUUACCUCAGAGAUUGUGGCCGAUGGCGGUGUCCACAGCGGCUACAAUGCAGAGAGCAGAUGUGCUGGGGUUUGAGCCGCUCCUCGCAGCUCCUUUCGGGGCCAACGUCAUCGUGAGGAAAAGACAAAUGGAAGGGCCUAAGCUCGAUGAUCUGGCGCCUAAGUGGUUGAAGGGGACGUACUUGGGAAAGUCGGAAAGUUUGCACAAGGGCCAUUUGGUCUACAUCAAUGAUGGUGAUGGCGAGAAGUUUGUGCACACUCUACAUGUUCGCGCAGCUCUGCAUGAUCCUGGUCCAGUAGAAGAAGAGCUAGUGGCUGAAGAGCCUGAAACUCCUAGCAGGCGAGUGCGAGGAAAGUCAAGUGGUAGCGGUGAUGUGGUAGAAAUCUCUAAGGCUGAGAUUCUUGACGAAGAAAGCUACAAAGCCAGAGCAGAAGCUGUGAUGGAGCAUUGGUCCCAGGAGGAGGCGGAGUCGAUUGUCAGGGAACUGGCGGCAGCGCUACCUUCCACGGACAAUGUAUACGGGAUGUUCCGUUUUGGGGGAAAGACAGGAGUAACGAGGGCAACUAUGGAGAGACCGUGGUUCACGAAGUUGCUGCUGAAGCUCCUCUUGGAUAAGGCCCCGGACGCUGAGUUUGCAGCUAUGUUUGUGUCGGUUAGAAACGACAGAGAAGUCCAUAUUGACCGCAACAACGCUAUGGGAACACUGAACUACCUCCUCCCUAUUGUGAUGCCUAAGAGAGGUGGCGAUAUUUGGCAAGAGCUACGGGAAGGUGAUGUGGUUCAAGGAAAGGUUGUGGAGCUUGAUGCCCCCGAUGGGAAGAAGCGUUUUGGUUGCACAUAUCCUCUCCAAGAAGGGCGAGUGUUUCAGCUGAAUCCACAUCGACGUCAUGCGGUACUUCCUUGGACUGGUGAAAGAUUGGUGAUCGUUGGUUAUACCCCCGGGAUGCUGAGAAACCUAACGGCGAGUGAUCGGGAGCGAUUGUGGUCUUUGGGGUUUCCUAUGCCGUUGUUUGAUGAGGUCACGGGGUAUGUAGCGAGCAUCAACGCCUUCUCGGUGAAGCAGCUGAACUAUAAGCACGGGAUCGUCGAGAACUAUGUCGACGAGACGCUAUUACCUACUGCGCGCUUCUCUCGUGCUCAGGCGGAGCCAGAUGCAGUGGAGCAAUCGAGUGAUCGGUGCAAAAGCGAAGAAUGGGAGCAGUGGGAAAUGCGCUUAGUGCUGAGCGAGAGCGGCGGUGAUGUAGCGUUGGCCCAGAGCGAUGAAGCAGACUCAGUUUGUCUCAGGAAAGCGGAGGUCACCUACACGGAUGGUGUUGAGGAGAUCUUGCAGCAGUUAGAUGGACCGCUGAGUAUAGUUCAUACUGUUCAUCCUCGUGAAGUCGCCGCGAACUACGAGGCAUGGAUCCCGGCGCUUAAGAAGGAGGUCGCUACGCUUUCCCAUGCUGUGGAGAAGACCUGGGCAAAUGAUGCGCAGGUCCAGGAGGAGAUGUCGUCAGGGAGGGCGCAGGUGAUCCCAAUGAAAAUAGUGUUUACGGUGAAGCCCCCAGAUGCACCACUGCCCGGUGAGUCCGUCGAGCAGUUCUACAAACGAAAAGCGCGGAUAGUGGUUUGUGGAAACUUGGCAUCUCAUGAGCCAGGAGAUGUAUACACCAACACAGCGCCGGCAGAGAUAGUAAGGGCGGCGUUGGCUAUUUCAAGGGUGAAGAAGUGGAACCUUGGAAUUCUGGAUGUCAUUGCGGCGUUUCUGCAAACUCCUUUUUCGGAGCUGGUUGGAGCACCUUUGGUGUAUGGCAUUCCUCCGAAGCUUUUGGAAAGAGUAGGACUGUGCCAGCGGGGUGAACUUUGGCGGCUUACACAUGCAGUCUACGGGUUGCAAGAGUCGCCGCGACUUUGGGGCCGUUACAGGGACCAACAGCUAGCAAGGAUUCAGCUUAUCUACGAGGGCAAGACAGUAACGCUGUUGCAGGGCCGAGUAGAACCCUCAUGGUGGUCUAUUUUACAUGAAGGGUCAGUCUUGAUCGGCAUUGUCGUGAUCUAUGUUGAUGAUGUUCUUAUUUGUGGUUUGACCGGCAUCAUCAAGGAAGUUGCUCGAGCGAUCAAGGCUAUCUGGAAAACAAACGACCUCCAGCUCGUGUCCGAUGGCACAAUAAGGUUUCUGGGGAUAGAGAUAUCUAUGUGUUCCCAGGGCUUUGCGCUGUCGCAGCGUUCCUACAUUGAGGAGCUGAUCCGCGUGCACAAUGUGGCCCCGACAAGACGAGAUGUGAUACCGCUAGCUAAGGACCUUGCUACUUUUGCCACCGAGGCAGAAGAGGGCGACUACACGGAGAUCGAGCUCAAGGCGGCUCAACAAUGCGCUGGUGAGCUACUUUGGAUAUCUCAAAGAACACGGCCGGAUUUGAGCUUCGUUGCGUCAUUGGUUGGCUCAUUGUCUACGAAGGCGCCAAGAAGCAGUGCUGGCGUUGCAGAGUGUGUCUUCUAUGCUGUCGGAUGUUCUUUCCGAGCCGGGAGCAAUGCAGCUUUUCUCGGAUUCAACUUCGGCGUUGUCAAUUGCCAAUGGGUCUGGGAGUUGGAGGACAAGGCACCUGAGAUUGCGGAGCGCAUGGGUGAUCUACAGUUGGCAGAUCUACUCACCAAAGCGCUCCCGUCACAGCGCAUUGGUACUUUGAGUAAGUUGAUGAACCUCCGGAAUCCGGAAAAUGACGACGAGGGUGAGAUCAAGAUCACCUACAACAAAAGCCCAAGCAGAAUCAACCGCGCGGCAGCAGCCCCUAAGAACCCUAAGGUUUUAAUUGCCCUACUAGUCUUAUCGCAAGCCACGAUUGGAGCUACGCAGAGCUGGGAUGAAGAAGAAGGGCUGGUAGUGCGAUCUGGCAUGAGCAUCGACUACGGAAUCAUAACCUGGGCUAUUUUGUGGGGAGCAGUUAUUGUGGCACUGCUUUCUUGGGAGCUGUUGAAGUGGUUGUUGUGGCUAGCGUAUGACAAGGUGACGCCAGGCUCACGAGCGAGGAGAUUGCGACGGCUACAGAAGUUGCGAGAUGCGACUACUACAGCGAUCCAGAGGGAGAUUCAGACUCGACAAGGAAGCCGUUCCGAGCAGCGUGGACGUGAUUCAGGUCUGGUUCCGGAAAAUCAGACAGCUAAUCCUCCAAGGGAUAGUUCGUCUACGAUACAAAGCUCAGCGGCUUCGUCGGGGCAGGACAAGUAUGCGGAGGAAAGAAUGCAGUUGCUAAGGAAGCUGGCUAAAGGGGUGAAGGAAACGCAUGAAGUGGGCUGUCAAGCUGGCGCGUUUACUCCUAUGCCGGCACCGCAAACACGAGUGAUCCUUCGCUAUGUUCAUGAACCCCCUGGAGAAGCAUAUGUACUGCCGGGAAAUGAUUGCUAUCAUGUAUAUUCUGACUGCCAUGCUUUUCGCCAUAGAGGGACUGCAGACCGGGUUGAAAGAAGAAGGUUGUGUUUGUACUGCCUACAUCGUGCCGAAGAGGACCCGGAUAAGACUGCCAACUAUGGGGAAGAUCUGGCGAGGGCUCAAGAGUAUGAGAGAAUAUUCAAUACGCAGCUGCAGGUGUCAGGGCAACCAAACCAGCGGUGA